GUUUCGCAAGAUAUUUAUCGCGAGAUCAUAUCGUAGGAUUCUUAAUAUCAGAUAUUGCGUGGGUAUUGUAUGAAAAUGUGAAUGGCAUGAAAUGAUGAUGCAGUUUGAACCACAAGGCAAGGCUACUUAUCCGCGCCCCUGUCUAGUACCGGAAAUUGUGGGGAAAACCUUAUGUUCAUCCAUCGCCAACUUGAGCAUAUGAACAUUGCGAUGAUGUUGAAUUUGCUAGACAAGAUCUUGACAAAAGAACAAUUCCUUUAAACAUGAUCUGAGUAACUUCAAUAAGAUAUCCCAACAUAUUAUAUCAAUUUCGUCGCGGGCCCCGUUUCUGAGUUACUCAUUGAAAAACAUCGAAUACGGUAAUCGAUUUGGGGAAAUUAGGUGCUGUUGUUGGAUUGUGCCUAAAUAUGUCCAUAUUGCCGACCUCGGCUGCUCCUCUCAACUCUUCAUAAGACAUCGUUGAUCUCGUUUGAUGGUAUAGAGUUUCAAAACAUCAAUCAAUUGUGCUUGAGGUUUCUCUUGGGUUUCGAAGAGCUUGACGGUGGAUCAUGGGAAGAAUAAAGCCAAUGGCUCGGGGCCCAUGGUCCUUGGCAGAUUCGUAUGACUUCAUAUCCACCUUCCUCAACGGAUCCAUAACCCGCAGAUGUCCUUCGACCGCGAGCCCCAGUACCGUAACACAAGUUGGUAGACUGGCAUUCAGCACGUCACACUCAUCUCCCAGGCAUCGUAUCAGAUCUCGCAGAUCAGACAAACAAACAGGUCUGCAUCAGGAAGGACAGAACAGAUGGUUUCACGACUACUUCACAACGCAUCUUCCCUCUUCAUCUCUUCAUCCUGAUUCUCGGUCGAGCGGCCCGCAUCACAAAUUGCCAAGAUCGGCCUCAACACCACAUACGCCCGGCUCAGGUCCUUCUCCAGCUGCCGCUCCUCCAACCAUUGGAACAUCUAGAGAACUUACGGUUGUGCGAAUACCUUUACGAAGCGCAAAACAUCAUUUUGGAGUUUCUGUUUCCCGUGGUACGAGACCAUACAAUGAAGAUGCAUACCAGGCAGGAACGAUAGAGAUCCCAGCAUUUGCAAAGCGAGCUCCUAUAAGUCUAAAUCGCUCGAAUUCCAAAAGCAUCACAAGUGGUGGUACAUCGGCAGAUGGUGCGAGUGGAGAUCCGCAAGUAUUCUACUUUGGUGUGUUUGAUGGGCAUGGGGGAAAUGAGUGUAGUGAUUUUUUGAGGGAGGAGUUACACAAAUACAUUGAGUCGACUGCAGAAAUAUUUAAGCUUCCUUCAAGUUUGGACAAGAAGGCGAAAAUCCCCAGUUCGGGCACGUCUGUGGCAAGCAAAGAAGGGCAGGAUGAUGGAUCAGGAACACCGAUCUCUCAGCAAAUUUCUAAUAAAAUUAAAGCAAUUGAGUUGGAAAAAUCACUUGUUUCAGAUUGGAAAAUAACAGUCGGUGGAUAUUUCCGCCGCUUCAAACCGGAAUAUUUCGAUCUCCUUGAUUCUAUGGAAGGAGAGCCAAUAAGGAAACCUGUUUCGAUUGAAGCAGCCUUAAUGUAUGCUUUUUUGAAAGCAGAUUUAGAUUUUAUAUCAGCACAAGCUCGAAAACCUAGUCCGGAUGAUAAUAACACCGACUCGCCUUUGAAUGCGGAUGAAAUCCUAGGGGAGCCUGCGCGUUAUUCCUCUCCACAUCGCAUUGGAGGGCCUACGCGUUUUGUUGGCGGCUCAACUGCUUCAGUUGCCAUGAUAUCUACUCCAACGCCGACUCCUUUCUGGCAUCCAUCUUCUCCUUCGACACUGAUGGUCGCCCACGUUGGCGAUACUCGUAUAAUACUUUGUGAGACUUUGACCGGGUUGGCCAAACCUGUGACUACCAAUCAUCAUCCAAGUUCACCAGUUGAAGGAGGAAGACUAAGAAGAUAUGCUGCAACCUUUGUCACAGACUCAUUUGGUGAAGAGCGCAUGUCUGGAUUGGCUAAUACAAGAGCAUUCGGUGAUAUGCGUUCCAAGCGCAUAGGUGUUUCUGCCGAGCCGGAAAUUAGACGCGUAGAGAUAUCUCCAGCUGAAUACAGCUUUUUGGUCUUGGUUUCCGACGGUGUUAGUGGCACAUUGAGCGACCAAGAAAUUGUGGAUGUUGUGAAGGAGGCAAAAACACCAGAACAAGGGGCGAAAGAUAUUGUUAGUUUUUCCACAGAAGUGAGUAAAGAAGGAGAUAAUGCAACAUGCUUGGUUGUUAGGCUUGGGGGCUGGGAGAGAAGAAUUGAAGGUGGAAUGGGAAGUAUGGGGACUAAGGAGGUUAGAGAUUAUAAGAAGGGUGACGCGAUGGAUCCUAGGAGAGCUAGAACUUAGGGUUAAUAGUAUAUAUGAACAUAUAGACUGCAUAGCUAGAGUUGAAUUGUAUAUAUUUAACA